GGAUCGAACUCAGCUCCUCCACUGAGGUCCUCUUCUCCUUCGACGUGGGUAACGGUCCGCUGGAGGUCGGAGUGAAGGCUGCCUUCCCCCUCGAUGACAACAGGUGGCAUCGCAUCCGAGCCGAGCGCAACAUCAAAGAGGCGACGCUUCGCCUCGACGAGCUCCCCGCUGCCGCUCAGGAGGCUCCUGCUGACGGACACAUUCACCUGCAGCUCAACAGCCAGCUAUUCAUAGGAGGCACAGCGUCCAGGCAGAAGGGAUUUCGGGGUUGUAUUCGUGCUCUGCAGCUGAACGGCGUCACCCUGGACCUGGAGGAGAGAGCCAGGAUCACCCCCGGGGUUCAGGCGGGAUGUCCGGGCCACUGCAGCAGCUACGGCUCCCUGUGCCAGAACCACGGACGCUGCGUGGAGAGGACCAGCAGCUUCUCCUGCAACUGUGGCCCGUCGGCUUACACCGGAGCCUUCUGCGACAGAGAGGUCUCAGCCAGCUUUAAGGCGGGGACCUCCAUCAGCUACACGUUCAAGGAGCAGGCGGUGAACGGGCCGAACAGAAGCAGCGCCAUGCCCUCCCCCAUCUACUCGGACGUGACCCUGAGAGCAGAGAACAUCUCCCUGAGCUUCAGGACCAGCCAGAGUCCCACGCUGCUCCUCUACGUCAGCUCUUCCCACAGAGAGUACCUGGCUCUGCUGCUCGACAAGCACGAGAAGCUGGAGGUGCGAUACAGACUCGACAGCAGCAAAGACGCAGAAAUCCUGAGGAGCAAAACGAGGAACCUCGCCAACGGGCAUCUACACACGGUUACUGUCAGCAGACUGGCAGAUGCUGUUUCUGUGCAGAUUGACCAGAACACCAAAGAGGACUUCAACCUGACAUCCGAUGUAGAAUUCAACGGCAUCAGAUUGCUGGCUCUCGGCAGAGUGCACCACCCCGGUGAGAUGGAUCCGGAGCUGGCUCGGCUCGGCUCGCUGGGCUUCACCGGCUGCCUCUCCGCCGUCCUCUUUAACUCCGUCAGCCCUCUGAAGGCCGCUCUGCUCCACCCGGACACCAGCCCCGUCACUGUCACCGGCCCACUGGUCCAGUCCACUUGUGGCUCCUCUUCCACAAAUCCCUAUGCAGCAGAAACCACACAUCACCAAUCAGGUCAGUCUGGACCAGUGGAGACAGGUCAGCCUCUAGUCAACGCCAUGAGGAGUGACUCGGCUCUAAUCGGAGGUGUGAUAGCGGUGGUGAUCUUUGUUGCGGUGUCUGCGUUAGCCGUAAUGGCCAGACUCCUCUACAGGAGGCGAGGGACGUGUCAGAACCAGGACAUAAAAACAGUCAAACCUGAAGACAGCCCCGAGCUGCCGUUCAGCAGCCAGACCAGCUCGCACAACAUCCCCAGUGAGAACCAGAGGGAAUAUUUUAUUUAGCUGCAGCUUUGACCUGUGGCUGACCUGGAGGUGUCGGAGCCGAGGAGACGGACUGAGACGCUGAUGUUUUGUCAAGCUUUGCUCCUUUGCACUAAAAACUGAGCCUGAGACUGGAGGCUGCAAACAGGAGGCGUCUGUGGUUGUAUUUUUGUAAAGACUGUAAAUAGAUGCACAAAAAAAUCCAAGUGUUGAAUAUCAGUAGUUGAACAAUUGUAAAUAUCCAAACAUGUAUAAUUAUGACUUUGUACAAAUCUCCUGUUUAACUGAGAUGUGGAAAUUGUAAAAUGACGUUGGUAUGAAGCAGCUUUGUUGAGUCUGGGAUCUUUUAAAAGCAUUUUCUGACACAAGUGAUGAAUGUUUGAUAUUUUGAGUGAGUCAGCAAAGUGUUUGUCAGAUGUUCAGGAUUCCUUUUCAAGUUUAUCAUCAUGAGUUUGUCUUUCUCUUUUUUUCUCUCUUUGCACUUGUUGAAAGAAAUAGAGGUAAAAUCCAAUUUGAUCCGUUCACAUUGAACAUUUCUAAUUUUUUCAGCUUGAAGCCAAUCUGAUAUUUCCUUCCCCUCAUAUCCUUUGCUUAGUUUCUUUUUUUGUUCAUGAGACAGAUACAAAAGAUCUAGUCAUUCCCAGCGUAAACUUUUAAAAACAUGCACCUCUACUUUCUCCCACUAUCAAGAAAUGAAGCAAAUAUAUGCCAGAUACGAACGCUGCCAUCCUGCGCAUGUAAUUAUUUAAUGACGUACUUUGACAGAUAUUUUAGUAACAAACACUUUUCUUUCCAGUGAA